GCAACGAUUUUCGUCAUGCCGCCACGGCUAUACGUGCUGGUGAACAUAGCCAUCGCGAUGGUGUUCGGUGUCGCGUUUUCGGAAGGUGCGAACCGCAACGAGUCUGAUCAAAUCGAAAGACCGAUCGUGAUGCGACGGGGGAGUCGCGUCCUAUCGCGGGAUCAAGACGCGAUGUCGUUCGCCAGGUCGUCCCCUCUGUUCUUCUUGCAUCUGCUUAAGCAUAAACUGCAGUUUCAGAAACUAGAAAGGAUCACCAGCACCACCACCACUACUACCACCGCUACAAGCAACACGACCAGCGACGAUAGGGCCUGCAUUUGCGUGCCGUUUUAUCUGUGUAACGCUAAUCAGACUAUUAUCACCGAUGGCAUGGGGGUGAUCGAUGUCCGUUCCCGGAGGUGCGCCGGGGCCUUCGAGGUUUGCUGUUAUCUGCCGAAUAUCACAACACCAAGACCUACGACUACUCCAACGAUGACACCCACUACUACGACUACCACCAGCAGCACUACUACUACUACUACUACUACCACCACGGCCAGGCCGCCGAAUAUCAAUUGUAUCUGCGUGGAGAUUUCUCUAUGCGACCCUAAUGGGAUUGUUACUAUUUCCGGGGAGGGUAUAAUAAACCCUCGACGCGGUCUUAGCCUGUGUCCCGGGGCCAACCAGGUCUGCUGCAGGAUACUGGCCACCACCACCACCACGACGCAACGACCGACGAAUCCUCCGACCUCGAUGACGACGUCUACCUCAUCGCCUGGUCAGAUUCAGCUGUGUUUCGUGUGCGGUAACGCCAUUCAAUGCAUCACCUGUGGACUCAUCAUUUCGCCCGGUACCGGCGUGAUAGACCCCAGGUUCCCCUUGCCGCAAACUGACCUCUGCUCGAGGAGCUUGACGAGCAGCGCGUCACUUUGCCAAGACGGGACGAUCUCGUCCAGCGUGGAGCUUCUGGGUCCGCUGAAGAACCCGGGCACAUCGCAGGCCUGCUAUUGCGUCAAGACCUGGAUGUGUUCGGAGGGCAACGUAGUGAGCCCCGACGGUCUGGGUGUAAUCGACCCGAGGUUCACCACGUGCUCGUCCGCGGACCAGGUGUGCUGUCUCUCCACGGGGAUCGAUUUGCAGGUCCUUCGCAGCGGCGACGCUUUCUUGUCGUCGCCCGAGCGUUUCAUCGCAAAUAUGAAGCCCAAAUCGUUGUCGCAGACGACUUGCGGCAUACGCGACGACAGCUAUGCGCCAUCGCAGCCUUUUCCCGCUGACUCGGAGAAGACCUACUUCGCCGAAUUCCCAUGGAUGGUCGCACUCUUGGUGAAGUCUACGGGCGAGUCUGACGUCUUCCAAUGUGGCGGCUCAAUGAUUAACGACAGGGCCGUCCUCACGGCCGCGCAUUGCGUUAUAAGUCAGAAACCUGAGAACUUGGUUGCACGGUUCGGCCAAUGGGACGCAGUGAACAAUGCUCAAGCGCUGCCAGCUCAAGAAGCGGAUGUCCUCGCGAUAAUCACGCACCCGACGUAUUACAGCGGCGGACUGUUCCAUGACGUAGCUGUGCUGGUUCUUGAGAAAUCGAUUACUUACAGCGCAAACAUCCUGCCGAUUUGUCUACCUGAACAAGGUAUGGUCUUUGCAGCCGGAACCAGGUGCUACGGAACAGGAUGGGGCAGCAGCUCCUUCGGACCAGAAGGCACAUACCAAGCAAAGCUUCGAAAGGUCGACGUUCCCAUCGUCGAUCGCGCGGUGUGCCAGACACGUUUGCGGAGCACAAAGUUGGGCGAAUACUUCCAGCUGCACGGGUCGUUCAUCUGCGCGGGAGGUGAAGCGAAUAAAGACAUGUGUCGUGGUGAUGGCGGUGGGCCUUUGGCCUGUCAAACUGCUACGGGACAAUUCUUUCAGGCUGGCAUCGUGUCGUGGGGUAUCGGUUGUGGAACUUCUGACAUUCCUGCGGUGUACACCAGCGUAUCGCAGCAUCGUCAAUGGAUAGACAAGCAACUGGCGACUUACGGGGUGUGUAUCGUAGCUCCGAGUGGAAGGUGCUCGUCGCGCUGUGUCCUUGGCGUCCGUCUCUGGCAUAUUAGAAUUCUCGGAUCCGUGACCAUGUGGCGACUGGUUUCCACGCUGACCUUGCUCGGCACGGUCUUGGUGACGGCGUUGCCCGCGGCGCAGAAUCCCGGUGAUCUCGGAAGUCUCAUCGAUCAAGUGUUCCCCAGCAGCAGUACGACCCCGCAGUCGGUGCCCCAGAUCGGCGGCGACAUCGACACCCUCAUCAAGGACGUCUUCGGGACCGGGAACGUCACCACCGCAGCCCCCCCUAACGGGCUGAUCCUCGGCUCGCAAAAUACCCUGUCGCCGAAACCGGACAACUGCGAGUGCGUGCCCUAUUAUCAGUGCAAGGAGGGCAAGAUCCUGGAGACCGGGAUCGGCAUCAUCGACAUCAGGUCCGGUUUUGGUGGUAACGAUCGGCAGUCCCAGGGAGGUCUCGGGCCAUGUGAGAACUACUUGGAUGUCUGCUGCAAGCCACCGGACACGGUGGAUAUACCGGUCACGCCAACUCCAGACCCGCGAGUCGGAUGUGGGAAACGAAAUCCUGAGGGAGUUGGCUUCCGGAUCACCGGCCAGAGCGACAACGAGGCGCAGUUCGGUGAGUUCCCCUGGAUGGUGGCGAUCUUGAAGGAGGAGGCCAUCGGCACCAGCGGACAGAAGCUGAACGUCUAUCAAUGCGGAGGUGCCCUCAUCCACCAAAAGGCCGUCCUCACCGCGGCUCACUGCGUCAACGGGAAGCAGCCGCACGAGCUGAAGAUCCGUGCGGGAGAAUGGGACACGAUGACGAAGAGCGAGGUCUUCCCGCAUCAAGACCGCGACGUCGAGACGAUCGUGGUCCAUGAGAAAUUCCACUCGGGUGCGCUCUUCAAUGACUAUGCGCUUCUGAUCCUGAAGGAGCCGGUGGAAUACGCGGAGAACGUGGAUAUCGUGUGCCUGCCGGAGACGGGCAUGAUCUUUGACGGAUCCAAGUGUUUCGCCAGCGGAUGGGGCAAGGACGUGUUCGGCAAAGAAGGACGUUAUCAGGUGAUCCUGAAAAGGGUGGAGCUCCCUAUUGUUCCUCACAACAGCUGCCAGGACAUCUUGCGCACCACCAGGCUAGGAAACUACUUCCGUCUGGACAAGAGCUUUAUCUGCGCAGGUGGAGAAGCGGGAAAAGACACUUGCAAGGGUGACGGCGGAAGUCCUUUGGUCUGCCCGCUGAAGAACGACCCGCGCAGAUACGUCCAGGCCGGCAUCGUAGCCUGGGGACUCGGCUGCGGUGAGGACGGCACUCCCGGUGUUUACGCUAGCAUAUCCAACGGGCGCAACUGGAUCGACGAGCAGAUGGCCUUCCACAAUCUGGACAACACCGUUUACCAAUAUCGUCCGUCGUAGAGUCCGACCGACCAUCGCUCAUCCGAUGUGCCAGUCGAGCAGGCGAAAUUUUUCCACUUACUUAUCGCAGAUUGCGCCGACGUUCUUUCGCAGAAGUGUCUUCCACACAGGCAACUCUAGACCGCGAGAGCAAAUGUGAUGUUUAAUAAGUCGUUGUUGCGUCGACUCGAUACUCAGAAGAAUGGCAUAAUUUUCCAAAUGAGUUCCCUUGAUACGUAUUAUUGUCUCUCUGCACUUGUAUACUCGCGAGCCGAGUUCAAAAGAUUCGUAGACUCAAGGGACGGAUUUAUAAAUAGCCGCACUGACAGGCUGCGUGAAGAUCGAUGGGAAUGAAAUUUUAUAACUGACGUACAAAAGUGGACAGUACAUUUAUAUUAAAUAUAAAGAAACAAGAAAUGUAA